AUGGCACCGCCCUACCGCCCUCGCAGGCUGGGCUUCAACGAGGUCGCCGACCGUUUCCCAGCCAAGAAGGCCAUCGUCUUCUCCGAGACACAGCGUCCCUCACCGACACUAGUACCCAACGUCCGUAGUCCAGCAUGGAAUCCUACAGGCAGCAUGCUAGCGCACAGCAUGACAACGAAUAUCCGGGUCUGGAAUCCCGAAAGACCAGAUAUCAGAGCUAGCACAGAGAUGAAAGACGCGCAUUCGGUGGGAACUACUACGGGAAAGACGAGCACAGCAUAUGCGCAUGACGGCAAGACCGUGGAGAAGGUGCAAUUCAAUCCCAGGACGGAGGGUUUGUUGGCUAGCACGGCGCAGGACGGAGUGGUGAAGCUGUGGGAUGUAAGAUUACCUGGCGGGGGAACAGGUUUAGCAGGAGGACCGGUAGGCGGAGCUGCAGGGAAAGGAGGCAUCACCCCAAAAGCAGGAGAGCAUCGCCUAACAGACGCGCGAGGGAUGUUCUUGAACUGGCAUCCAGAUGGAAAACAACUCCUCUCCGGAACACACAGCGACAGCAUCGCCGUCCUAGACGUACGGAAAAUCGACAAUGCCCUUCUGGAAAUCCCAUCAAACCCCGCCAGCAAUAAUUCAGCCAAUCUCAAGUAUGAACUGGACGCAACAGACCACUCUUCCAUUAAGCCUCUAGACCCUUCAGGAGGGAAAGCGAAAUGGUUCUUCGGACCAAUGAUUUUUACACACGCCGGAACAGAGCUCAUCGCUACCUCAACCGAAGGCCCAGUCUACAUCUUCUCCUAUCCAGACAUGCAACAUAUUCACACCAUUACCGCACAUACUUCCGCCACAUACUCCGUAGCGCAAUCUCCCGCGGGUACCACGCUCGCAGUAGGGUCUGCAGAUUCCCUCGUCACGCUCUGGGAUACAACGACACUACAAGCCAACCAUGUGUUGAUGAAUUACACAACAGCUGUACGAGAUAUCAGUUUCUCGUUCGACGGGCAAUACCUCGUCGCUGGACACGGACACGAUGGCCAGAAGGAUGGUGACAAGGGAUUGCACAUUUACCAUACCGAUACGGGUGAAUGCGUGCAUACCGCAGAGACGAACAAUCCGGUCCGGGACGUAGCAUGGCAUCCCUUGAGAUAUGCGGUCGCGUAUUCGGGAGACCCUGGCGGUUUGAAGGUUGUGGGCGGACUGACGGGAUGA